UUAAUUAAAUGCGUUUCGUUGCAGUGAGGAAAGGCACCGGUACGGCUGGUCCAGUUUUCAUAAAUCCUGCCGCUUAUAGUCCACCCGUGGCAGCCAAUGCAGUGUCCCAACCUAACCAAGGUUCCCAAGUCACCCAGACGGUUUAUGGAUUUCUCGACUUCACGACAACCAUUGGGAAUACGGUGAUGGUAUUCUCCCCUCAAACCGCUGCUGCUGCAGCCGCCGCCGCCGCUUCAGAUGGUGGAAAGGAUAAAGUAAGCGGGGCGACAGUAAAAACAGUUAUUGAGACAAAGCCUGUCGCAUCGGAGCCAUCCGUCGUAAUAAAGCCGAGUAAAACAGAGAAGAAGGCAUCGGAACCCAGUAAAAAGGUCUCAUCGGUUGUGCAAGUGCAGCCAGUGAAUCCACCUGUAAGACAAUCCAGUAAAGUAGAAAUUAAAUCCUCCGGCCUGUCUACGAAAGUCAAUGUAAUAGAAGGCAUAUCGAGCGUCGUAAAUGUCGCGCCGCCAAUAAUCUCCAGCAAAGUGGAGGUGGUCGAAGCCGCCCCCAGCAAACAACCGAAACUGAACAUUAUCAGUAAAGUGGAAAUUAUCACAGGAGUUACGAAGCCGACCCAAGUCCCAGCGGUCUCGAGCCACGUGGCAGUUCACCAGCCAAUAUUCUCGAGCAAAAUCGAAGUGCACUCGGAUGAAGAACCAGCAGUCAUCAUAGGCAACAACAUCGCAGAAGCCGAGUACGAUUUCUUAUCCCGCCAGCCCUCGGAAGUUGUUGAAGAAACGUACAAAGUAAUAAACUUAAAACCCAGCUCCAAGUUACAUCUGAAACCGCGUCCAUCAGCGCAUCAAACGAAAAACAAAGCGAACGCCGCAACGAAGCGAGGCGACUCAUUGCACCCGACGGGAUUAGUUACUAAAUUAGGUGGAACUGUCGUAAAGGAUGGAACGACCACAGUGCACGAGACCAGCGUUAUUGGCACGUACAUCUCCGGGAAAUAUGCUCAAGUAUUGCAAAGCACCUCGCACAUUUAUAACAAUCAGCACAAGGGAAAAAUUAACCCGUCGCCGACGCUGAGGAUACUGAAGACGGCCGCACCUCAUUUGGGAAAGCACAAUAAGCAUCGCCAUUUGGAUCCGACUCCGGCGGCGUCCGUGAACGAAGAAACCGUAUCUGCUGAAAUAUCCCAGAACACCAUCAAAUCAACGAGGAAGCCAUCCGGCUCAUCGGGAUCUUUGAAGCGUUUCAAGAAUAGACAACCGGAACCUGUGCAGGAGAAGGAGAAGGAACCGGAAGUGCAUACCACUAAAAAGUCGUCCAGAAAUCGACAAACUCAAUCGACGAGAUCGAACAAACACCACACACAACAAAAACAACAAAAAGUACAACAACAACAACCGCAACAGCCAUCACCAAAAUAUGGUCGAAACAAGUCUCACAUAUCUACUGUGUCUGUAUCUAGCGAGCAAGCAUCGGCAACAGCCACAUUCGGAAGCUCCUCAGGCAAACGAUACAAUUCCCGUCGAAAUAAACAACAACGUGUGAGCAGUAGCAGCAGCAGCAGCAGCGCCGUCGUCGCCCCCGAGACCGGAGGAUUUACACGAAGAGGUUUUAAGCCUAAAGUGCAGGCGUCUGCUGUGGAUUCAUCGCCGUCGGGCUCCUCUAGUUUAUAUAAAUUUAAACUGAACCGUUCUCCGGGCAGAUGGCAAUAUAAAACUACAGCCAGGCCUCGCAUAACUAUUAGGAAACAGAACGAUGAGGAGAACGAGACUGGCGGAACAACUCCAAAUUCUUUGCAGGACGUGUCGCCGGCUUUAAAUGACGUCGUUACCCCGCAAGCGAGAUCCGAUGAUGUCGACAGUUUAGUCGGUUCGGAAUCAAUAGCUUCAAUUAUAGAUGAUGAGAGUUCGACUGAAAAUAAAUUAGAUACACCGUUCCCGUUGGAGACGAUAAAGGUGGAGAUUUCUACGCCGCCCGAUUUCAAGGAUAUCUAUUAUGAGAUUGCGACGAUAAAAUCGCCGUAUACAUUCCAGGUCGGAAGCGUGAAGAAUACGAGGUACAUAACUGUGACGUCUACGUUCGAGAAGAUCCUGGAGCAAACAGAAUCAGCCAUCGCGGCAACUGCGUCUGAACCUUUGACAGAAAAUAUCCUCGCAACAGCGAGCAACUACGAUAAGGAUAAUAAUUUCCUGGAUUCGAGCGUCGCGACACUUCCACCUAUUUACUUAGCGUCGGAUAUGGAAACGCCGCCUCUAGAAACUAUGAUUGAGAAGUUCAGCACUACUCAGACAAUGCUAAAAACACACAUACUGCCUGUAAUUCGAGGCGGAAAUGAUACAACCAGCUACACCCUUGUUCAGACUUAUCUAAUAUCACGCUUAGUGACGGCCACCAAAACCCUUCCGCCCAUGGAAGCUUAUCAUUUUAAUCCUAGCAAGACUUUGAACGAAUUUAACAGUCAUCUGGAUGAAGCCGGAUCCGAGCUGCAUUUGGAGCUGGACUUUGGCGAUCAGAACGAACACGAUGACGGUAAUCAUGGUAAACGCGUUUUUCCCGCUGACUUGGAUUUAGCAAAUAUAGGGUCAGACUUUGAUCUGUCCGAUGUGGACAAAUCCCGGAUUCCAGAGAGUUUAUUGAGGCUGAAGAAAGCAAACGCACCGGCAACACCGAAACCACUCAUCAACGACGUACUUGCUUCCCCUGGUUUAAGUCCAGAACAACUUCAGCAAUUAGCCUACCUACGUCUACUCAAUCCUGCAGCUGCGGCUCAGGGCCAAGUGAUUACCGCUUCUAAACCGGUCGUUAAACUGGAGACACUGUAUGAGACUCAUGUAAUUCCCGUAAUUAACGGUGCUAACACAAUUUUGAGCACCUUAUCUAAGAUAGUCGGUACAGUAACUAAGACAGAUUACGAGUUUGUUACGAGCACACUGCCAGGAAUUCCAGGACUGCCAGGUCUGCAAGGACUGCCUUUACCACCGGUUCCCGUCAAUCCGUUAUUCCCACAGCAACAGCCCCAAUACGCCGUUACCUCAUCACCGAUCGUCCAGACGGCAAUCGUCACAAAAACCGAGAGCAAAAUAUUAAAGCUUACGUUCGGAGCUAAAACCGCUUACACGACAAUAUUCUCUACGAAAGUAGUACCCACUUUACUCACUACAUACAUGACGACUUCCGUUCCGGUUCAACAGACUGCAGCUUUCCCCGGUUACUAUCCAGGCCCUUAUCCAUCUUUUCCAUUUGUAGGUAAAUAAAAUCAAUGUAUUGCGGAAAUUAAUCUGUGUGUGUCAAUAAUAGCUAGAAUGAACAAUUGCGAUACCAAAAAUUUUAAUUGAAAAAUAUAUCACAAAAAAUAUGAAUUAAUUAUCAUUAUUAUAUUCGAUACGUUUAUUAUUUAAAAUGUUCACACAGAACAUGAGUUUCAGUGUCCUCCAAACGCACUAUGUGCUUCGUGUGCAAUAAAGAACUG